GUGGUGCUGCUUAGGAAAAGAAAGAAUACGCCCUUUUCAUAUCAGAAGUUGGCGGAUACCGCUAUUUUAAAAUCACACGGGAGCAACUCCGUCAAGCGUCUCUGCGCUAUAUUUUAAAACUUGCUAAAAACAUUAAGUAAUAAUCAUUGAUGUCGUUGUACACCUCUUCAUACAUCGGGAAGAAUAAAGUUUACAAUUAAGGAGAAUCAAUGGAUGAUUUAGGAGUGCCUGACCUGCCUUACUCCCCUCUCAGUCCUCGUAUUGUUGUGUUUGAUGCACUCCUUGCUGAUUUGGAGAGCUCCACCUCUCCUCUGGCCAGACGUCCUGUACUCCUCACAUCUGACCCCCCUUCAGUGCCUGGUGACAUUCUGGAUUCUUCUAUCCCAGCCUCCACUGGCAUCCGGGACCCCAUGCAGUCUCGACCACCACCCCCUGCCUAUACUCCUCAACAGACUGUGUCUGCUGCAAUGAAGUCCAAUGCUUCCCAGAAUCCAGAUACAGACAAACUCUAUAGUACAGUAUGCAAGCCACGCUCCCCCCGCUCGCCAGACCCCCCACCCUCCUCAUCAGUAUUAGGGGGCGGCCUCAGUGAACUGGACCAUUUACUCCAGGAGCUCAAUGCCACUCAGUUUAACAUCACAGAUGAAAUCCUUGCUCAAUUCCCAAGCACUAAAAAGGUUGAGGGGGAAAAGCUGAAGGAAAUCCAGGACUCCAGAAGUCACAAUGAGCUGGGCAAAGACAAGGCCGUGCCCUCUGCCUCCAUUACUGGACCAGUCAAGCCUUCAGCCACUUCUGCCACUUUAGAGCUGGACAAGCUCAUGGCCUCCUUAUCUGACUUCAGAGUACAGAGCUCACCAGUGCCUCCUGCCAAGCAGCAGGUAGUGCCAACCCCACGACAGCAAGCGAUCCCCGCACCUUCUUCCUCGGGUGGCUCGUUGGACAGCAUGCUGGGGCUCCUCCAGUCUGACCUGAGCAGACAAGGGGUGCCAACAUCCUCCAAGGGAAACUGCUCUGCCUGUCAGAAGCCAGUGGUGGGACAGGUGGUGACUGCCCUGGGUCGGGUGUGGCACCCAGAGCACUUUGUGUGCAUGGAGUGUGAAACCGAGCUUGGGAGCCGCAAUUUCUUUGAGAAAGACGGCAGGCCAUACUGUGAAGCUGACUACUUUUCGCUCUACUCCCCACACUGCGCGCACUGCAACAAGCCCAUACUGAAUAAAAUGGUCACUGCCCUGGACAAGAACUGGCAUCCAGAGUGUUUCUGUUGUGUGAAAUGUGGGGGCACCUUUGGAGAUGAAGGUUUCCAUGACCGGGAUGGACAGCAGUACUGCCAGCAGUGCUUCCUGUCCUUGUUUGCUUCACGUUGCCAAGGCUGCUCCCAGCCAAUCCUGGAGAACUACAUCUCUGCCCUCAACUCCCUGUGGCACCCACAGUGUUUUGUGUGCCGGGAGUGCUAUACCCCUUUUGUGAAUGGCAGCUUCUUCGAGCACGAGGGCCAGCCGCUAUGCGAAGCACACUACCACCAGUCACGGGGCAGCGUCUGCCAGGCCUGUCAGCAGCCAAUCCUGGGUCGCUGCGUCACCGCCAUGGGGGCCAAGUUCCACCCCCACCACCUGGUCUGCCACUUCUGCCUGAAGCCUCUCAGCAAGGGCUGCUUCAAGGAGCAGGAGAGUAAGCCCUACUGCCAUCCCUGCUUCCUCAAGCUCUUCGGGUAGGAGGGCUGGGCUGCUGUGGACCGCCGCAAGGGGACGGCUGUGGGAGUGCAAAGAAAUUGCAGAUGAUCAUGUGAGUGAGAGAUAUUGGAGACCAUCCAGGGCGAUGCUGCUGAUGUUUCUGUAAAAGGCUGCCUUUAUACCAUAUUCUUAGCCUGCACCCUUAGCACUGACCUGGGGUCAGUGUGACUGUUUGACACUAGACAGUUUAGGGUAGGCUUUGGGAAGGGUAACUGCUCUUCAGGUAAUUUUUAUAUUCAGUAAGAAAUAGUGUUUCCUCUGCUUUUCUUUUGUAUUGACUUCCACUGUUUUUGAAUGUGGAGUGAGGGCCCUAGAUGAUUGGUGUGGUUCAGACCAGCAUUAUAAGUUUCAGUAUUAAUAAGUAAAUUAGUAAGAUUCCAGUAAUCUAGAUGGUGAUAAGUAUAUCUUUGCUACCUAUUCUUAUGAAAUACUGUAAAGCAAGAAAUAUUUUUGAAAUUGCAGCUAAAUAUGUUAUUCAUUUGCGCUUUUUAGUAUGUAAGAAUAUCCAAAGUGCACUUAUUUGUUGUGUAAGAAGCAUGGAUUUAUGUUGUUUGCAAUAAAAAAUAAGUAGGCCUGCACAUUUUUUACAUGAGGAAGACUUGCCGUUUUAAUUUCAGUUUGAAUACAAACCCUGGAUUAUGCUAUGAUUCCUCAGUCACUUCAGUCAGUAAAAGACGCAUAUGAAUUACAUCCAAAACUGUUUCAUAGGAUGCUGUCUUUUCAUUCACAUCCAUCCAUGUCCUUUAGGGACUAUUGUAGUCAUUCUUUUUUCUGUCAUAUAAUGUUUUAGAUUAUUACAAGUACAGUAAAUAAAGUUAACCAUCAACUAAGCAUUUUCAUGAACAAACCACAUCAAAAAUGGACUUUGUUUAAAAGCUUAAUGACCUUUUUCCAGUAAAGGGGCAUCUUCAGAACUCAGCAUGGAGCUCUGCCUUUAAAAAACAUUUUAUUCACUUGUUUACUUAUGUGAUAUUUGCGUACUAGUGACAUAAUUAACUGGCUAUGGAAACCAAAUCAAAUUCAUACUAGCUACCUGUUAUUUAUUGAAUAUAAUAAGAAUGUUAAUGAUAUGAUUUUGAGUCUUUUUCCAUUUGAAUAGGUUCACAUUUUUACAGUAAAGAUAAAGUUGAAACGUGUGUGUUCUUCCAUUUCAAAGCUUUAAACCCUUUAUGACUGUAGACAAACCCAUACUUAUGGUCUAAAGCACAUUAGCCUGCAUGGUGCUAAAUUAGUAGAGAUAAAUGGGCCUAUAUGCCAAGCUCAUCAUUACUCUGCUACAGCUAAAGCGGCUGGAACAGAAACACAUUAGAAACAUGCAAAACGUGGCUGAGUCCAGCACAGGCAGGGGGAACGGUGUGAGAGGAGGAUGCCGAAUGUGACAAUCGCAAAACCGCAAACUGCUACUUUGCCUUUGUGGUCAAUCACUUCCAGCAGUAGAUUUAGCGAUAGUUACAGUCGUCUUUAUUUUAAGCCAUAUUCUGUCAGCAUUUAUUGUUUUACUUCAUGCUGUAUCACCAUGCAUUGUUUUGAUUAUGCAUUUUUAAGGAACUGGCAGCUUAGGCAGACUGAGAUGUUUCCCGCUGCAGUAAUUUUCCAGACUCCCUGUUUCCUGAUAUAUUGCCAUCUUGAUGCAGUGCCAAAGACAUUUUCAGGAAAUAUCCCAUGUGGUUAGUGAAACAUUGCUGUAUAUUAUAUGUUUUUUAUUUAAGAUGUGAAAUUUUACUUAAAAUAUAUUGGACAUGUUGUGAUGCAAUUCAUGAUGUGGUGUACCAAUGAUGAUAAAUUUGUGUCAAAAGCCAUAUUUAAAGUCAUACUGUUAUUGAUAAUAAAAGAUUUGUCAGUGAUGAUUUUAUUACCCCUGAGUUGUAUGGUUUAUACGAUAUGAUAGUCUGUACUUGAUGGCCAAAGAUGAUAAAAUAAACAGUUUUCUCUGUCA